UGUCUGCCCGCCCGCCCCGUGCGCCCUCGCUGCCGCGGGUCUGCGCCCCUCGACCCCACCGGCACCAUGCACCUCUCCCAGCUGCUGGCCUGCGCCCUGCUGCUCACGCUACUCUCGCUCCGGCCCUCCGAAGCCAAGCCCGGGGCGCCGCCGAAGGUCCCGCGAACUCCGCCGGGAGAGGAGCUGGCCGAGCCCCAGGCUGCGGGCGGCGGUCAGAAGAAGGGCGACAAAACUCCCGGGGGCGGCGGCGCCAACCUCAAGGGCGACCGGUCGCGACUGCUCCGCGACCUGCGCGUGGACACCAAGUCGCGGGCGGCGUGGGCCCGCCUUCUGCAUGAGCACCCCAACGCGCGCAAAUACAAAGGAGGCAACAAGAAGGGCUUGUCCAAGGGCUGCUUCGGCCUCAAGCUGGACCGGAUCGGCUCCAUGAGCGGCUUGGGAUGUUAGUGCGGCGACCCCUGGCGGCGGGGCUUCGUUUGUCUGAGAUCUUGACUCGCCCCUGCCCAGGAAGAGGUGAUUCUGGCCUUUCGUAGCUUCCAUUGUCGUGGCUUUGCUCUCUUCCGUCCUGUCUAAACAAUGAAGAGAUGGAGCUACAGGCCUCACAUUUUUAGUUCACGUUGAUUUAAGCACCGACCUCAAACUUUAGAAUCUAAACAAAUGUUAUUCAGUCGGUUAGCAGGAGACAAGAUGAGGAAGGGGGCCUGGAAAGUGUCUGGCGUGCACGUCCCCCUAGGCUCCUUGUUCUUGGGUGUGGCUGGCUGGGGAGCUGCUGGGCAGGAGGCCAGAUUGCUAGAACUCUCAGCCCCUUUGACGAGGGAAAUUUGUCGACCUCCCAGAAGUUCUGUCCUUCAGCUGAACAGCCACCUCCAACACCUUAACCUUCUCAGCCCCACCCUCACGCCACAGCCGCCAGGAUAAGACAGAGCAUCCUUCCUGUUGCCGGCAGCCUCCUAGCGAGGACGACCGGGCAGCUCUCUGUCUCAGCUUCAAAGACAAAGACAGCUUAGAUUUUUCACGUUAAUGAAAACUCAUCCCAGGCUGUGGCCAUUUCUUCACUCAGGAGUUGACUUUGGCUCUAAGCAACCACCAUAAUGACUGUCGCUGACGGUUAUAGUCUUGAUUAUAAAACUCUAAUGACAGAGACGGGGUGUGGCCGAUGCCUGAAUGAACACCUUGCCCAGGAGCCCCAGGGACAUCCCAGACAUCUGUCAUCUGUUUAAACACAUGGGGCAGCCAGAGACGGGAGUUGAGGGACAGUUCAUCAAGGCCCAGGGUCCCUGUGCGUGUGCUGGCCUCUGGGAGGGCAAGACACCGUCUCAGGGGGACUCCUUCCUCGGGCCCCAGAGCACCCACACGCCCAUUAGCAGAGAGCUGGUAGAGGCCUCAGCAAAGGGCUCUUUUAACUCUCCACCCAGCGAACCCAGUAUGACCAUUCCUUGCCCCGGGGCUGGCGGGAGACCCCGCCUCCUCUGCGUCUGAAGGGGACCCUUUCUGCAGCGCAGAUGGAAGGGCUAUUUAAUGAGGGGCAGCUUGACCCAGACACCCUGCCAAUGCCCAUUGUGUGGCCCCCUGUUGAAUCUUAAAGCCAGCCCCGGGGAGGUGGCUAUUAUCCCAUUUUAUGGGUGAAGAAAGCGAUGCUCAAAGCUAUCCAGGGCCAUCCAGGAAGUUUAAUGUCAGAGUUGGGAUUCGAGCCCAGAACUCCCAACUCCUCAGAUGGGUGCCUUCUCCUUCCCUCAGCUGUCACGCAGACACAGAAAGCUGAGGCAAGCACCGCGCAGAGGGUUUGUGUCAUUAGCAAAAAAAGGGAGGAGGGCAUUUGCACUCUCCUCUCUCCUCCCCGCGCCUCACCCGGUGCCAAGGGCCAGGCCUGCAGGGAGCCUGAGGGGGAGGAAAGCUGGCAGACAUCCUGGUUCCACCUGCGCUCGGGCAGGAAGUGCCAAGGACACAGCAGAUGAGGUGAGGGCCAGAGAGGGGCCCCUUCCCCACUCCAGGACGGCCUGGUCAGGGCUAGUCGGCCCAGGUGGGACUCGGCUUCACAUUGCUCGGGAAAAGCGCCUGUCCUGCAGGCUGGGCUUCUCAGCUGAGUGUCCCAUGUCCCCUCUGUGUUUCAGGAUUGGGAACUUGCUCCGUUUUGCUGAGGUCAUUCUUGGUCAUCAGCCUCACAGCAUCUGGAAGCACCUCCAACGCAAUGUGGCUUUUACAUUUCCUUUUUUUUUUUUUCCUGGUACUAGGAAUACACAACACCAGCUGUUUUAUUAUUAUUUGGGAAGGGGGUAUGAUUUUAUUGUUUGGGGUUUUUUUUAAUGAAAAAUAAAAAGUUAUAUAUUAUAUAUAUAUUAUAUACAUGCAACACACACACCUACACGAACGUGAUGACAAGGGACAGUUUUUAAGAGACUGACAAAACCAGCUGUAAAACAUUGCUGUUUGUAAAUUCAUGUCAUGCAUAAAUGUAUUUAUGUUGUAAAGCUAUUUAUAUUGUUUAUAAAGAGAUAUUUAUAAAAAUUUUAUUUAUGUAACUAAAUGA